GCCUGAGUGUGAUUAUCGUCUUUUGGGAUCCUACGAGUCCGCUGAUCCUUCCCUCUACUUUUCCAGGGCAGGCAAAACAACUAAGAGGUUUGGGGGCUGAAGAAAGGGAUACCACCUCUUGGCCAGUCCGUCCUCCCAUCAGCCCCUCAGUAGCUCAUAGGAAGGGGGCGGGAGGUUAGUGCAAAUGAGUAGGUGCAAGAGAGGUUUCCAGUGGGAGGGAGGGAAAGGUGGAUAGGGACGCCCCCCCAAAUAAACCACCCCUGUAAGGUGCUCAGGGUCUUGGAGAAGAGCAAAGAGUCCCAGGCUGUGCAGGUGGGCGUCUUAGAGCACAGAGGGAGAGCGCAAGGCUGGACAAGACCCUGCCGACAGGUGCUGAGGACCCCUGAAGGAUCCCUCAGGGAAGUCGUGCCCAGGAGGCUGCCAGAGGCAGAUCCCGCAAUAAAGGUGUCUGUGGAUUUAGAGAAGGGUGCUCAGGAUCCGACAGGUGGGUGCUCUUGAGAGACGCACAGGUGCUCGGGCACAGGCAGCCCUCUAAACCAGCGUGGUGCGUCUCUGUGUGUGUCCCAGAUAUCAAUACUCUGGUUUCCAUCCUGGGGAGCUAAGGCUGUGUGAGAAGAGUCACCAAGGAGUGUCCAGAGACCCAGACAGUAGUCCACAGAGGGUGUAGAAGACCUGCGUGGGAUCCUGCCUCUGAAGGUGUUCCCACACAGUAACUGUGUCCUUUGCAUGUGCCUUCAGCCAGGGCUACGCUCAUGCCCUAGAGCUGUGGCACACCUGUGGCUGCCUGACAGAUGCCCCACCGCCGGUGCUGGCAAUUAUGAUCCCAGAAGAGGAGAGCCCCCCAGGAGGGGAAAUGGAUGGGGACAGAGAUGGUGGAUUUCCUCUCCUGCUGCAGUCCUCCGAGAGUGGCAGCGUGCAGAAGGGCCACCAGUAACCACAAAGUCAAGGAAACAGUUGCCUUGGAACUCAGUUAUGUUAACUCCAACCUGCAGUUACUGAAGGAGGAACUGGAAGAGUUGAAUAGCUGCAUGGAUGUCUACCAGAAUGACAGUGACUCAAUUAGUGUUCCCAUGAUCCCGCUGGGGCUCAAAGAGACCAAGGAGCUGGACUGGGCAGAACCAUUAAAGGAGAUGAUCCGGGACCACUAUCGGGAGGACAGCGCCUUGUACGAGAUGGAGAUCAACGACCUUGCGGAACUGCGGCAGGCCAUGCGCACCCCGAGCCGCAACGAGGCAGGCCUUGAACUGCUGAUGGAAUAUUACAGCCAGCUCUACUUCCUCGACAACCGUUUCUUCCCUCCCAAUAAGAACCUGGGCCUUUUCUUCCACUGGUAUGACUCUUUAACCGGAGUCCCUUCUGCCCAGCGGGCCCUGGCUUUCGAAAAGGGGAGUGUACUUUUCAAUAUCGGCGCUCUGCAUACUCAGAUUGGAGCACGCCAGGACCGUACCACGUUGCAAGGUGUGGACUGUGCCAUUGGAGCUUUCCAGAAGGCAUCUGGCGCCUUCAACUACUUGAAGGAGAACUUCUCCAAUGCCCCCAGCCUGGACAUGAGUGCAGCCUCUUUGAACAUGCUGGUGCGGCUGAUGAUUGCCCAGGUGCAGGAGUGCGUCUUCGAGAAGGUCAUCCUGCUCAGAGCCCAGAGUGACUUCCUCACCUGUCUGCAGCUCUCACAGGAAGCAGCCAGGGUGGAAGAGGUUUACUCCUUGGUGUACCAGACAAUGACCCAAGCACACGUGAAGGACUAUGUCCCAUUCUCAUGGGCCACCAUGGUGCAUGUCAAAUCGGAGCACUUCAAGGCCCUCUCGCACUAUUAUGCUGCCAUUGCACUUUGUGACUGCCCACCUGGGUCUGACACGGAUCUGCCAAAGCAUGAAAAAGCCUUCCUCCCGUUGCACAUCACCCCACCGCAGGGGCUGGACCUUCAGCUGUUCUUGCAAGACCGGGAAGAGCGAAGGAAACUGGGGAAGGCUCACCUCAAAAAAGCUAUCAUGAGGCACGAGGAAGCCAUGAGGAUCCACAGCCUGUGCAAGAUCUUGAGGAAGAUGGACAUUCUCCAAGAGGUCCUCUGCUUUGCCCAUAAGUGUUCGCUGAGCAAGUACUCGGAGAUCGAUCAUGAGGAAGACUUCUUCGAAACUGGAGAUGCUCCUGACAUCCAUCCAAAAACUCAUCAGAGACCAGAAAUCAAAUCUCCCAACUUCUCCAAGGUGAAAGUCACAGACAUCUUCCAUAGGCUGGGCCCGCUGUCGGUUUUCUCUGCAAAGAACAAGUGGCACCCUCCACAGACGGUCCGCCUGGUCCGAGGCGAGAACGGCUUUGGGUUCACCCUCCGAGGAGAUUCCCCGGUCCUCAUUGCUGGAGUCAUUGCUGGAGGUUGCGCGGCGGAAGCUGGCCUGAAGGAAGGCGACUACAUUGUCUCCAUCGACGGCAAGGAUUGCAAGUGGUCCAAGCACGCCGAAGUGGUGCAGCUUCUGAAGGUUGCUGGGGAGGAGGGUGCGGAUGUGGCCGUGAUCACCUUGCAAUAUGCUGAAGGGCAAAGCAUGGUGGGCAAAAAGUCAUCAGCAAUGUCUUCGGGCCCCAGCCGUAGCCUCCUGAAGAGCAACAAGGAGAACAGCCGGAAGACCCUUGUGCAGAGGAAAGGGGCCAGCGCCCUCUUAGCCUGGGGAAAGCGCAGCAAAAGCGGCAGUGGUGGCGGUGGCAGCGGCAGCUACAACAGCCUUCCCUUCUCCACGGUGAGGGACAACGAGCUGGCAUGCUGAGUGGCACCAAGCAUUCGGCCCAGCCCUUCAUUCCCCGGACUGCAGAAGGAGGUGCCCCCUUCACCCCCCCCCGGCAAGGAUGCCUCCCUGGCAUUUUUGCAGCAAGCCUCUCCCAUUGGUGAGGAUGCCAGGCAGCAGAGGAGCGGAGGGUUUUGCUCACGGAUGUUCACGGGGGCCGGCUCCUGGAAAAUGGCUGCGUUAGGGGAAACAGAACCCUGGGCUACCAAAGGCUCAGAGCCAGCAUUGCUCUAAACGCCAGGAGCCAGAGAGACGGAUGACAGGGAAGGGCUGUUGCCUGCAAGCCCCAACCAAGAGUUUCCUGGUGGCACUUGGUUUCCUGGUUGGAAAUAAGAUGAGGGACUCUGGUCUGGCCCAGCAGAGCUCUCCUCAUGUUCUUAAAACCAACAGCCCUGCUAAACACCCACCAGAACCACCAACGCCAGCAGGUUCAAAGAAUCCCAGAAUGCCUUUUUGCAGUGUUCUCAUUCCCUCCUGACAAAGGCAUUGCUGAGCAAUGUCUGAGGAAAAAUAUCCCCCACCGUGGACCCCCAAGAGCCAGAGUUGUUUUGGGUUGUGCUGUAACAGGAACGUUCAUGUCCUGUUCUUGGGGAAACGUUCCUUUGGCUCUGCCUGGCCCGGUAUGUAUCACAGCCCUCUCGGGAGCCUUGCAUUCAGCUCUCCGUUGAGGAGACAAUGUGAAUUUGAGCUCACAGCUAGGAAAAAGACGCUUAAAAAGUUCCUAGGAGAAAUGGCUGGUGGAACUCAGUUUAGUGCCACCUGUAAGAAGACAACGUAAGAUGGGCAGGUGAGCUGUUUUCAAGCCAUUUUGCAAGAGGCAGAAGGGGAAUAGUUGUCACCCUGGGCUCCUGCCGGAAGGAAGGGCAGGAUAUAAAUCAAAUAAUAAAUAAGAUAGUUGUUCAAUGGAGGGCUGUGGAACCUUUGGCCCUCCAGAUGUUGUUGGACUACAACUCCCGUCAGCCCUAACCACUGGCUGUGCUGGCUGAACCUGACAGGAACUGAAAUCCAACAAUAUCUGGAGGGCCACACGUUCCUCACCUGUGCCGUCUAAAUGUGCUAUCUUAUGAAUGUUUACUCAGAGCUUAAGUAAACAUGCAUAAGCUAAGAGGAUUUGUGCCCUAAUCAGUGUGCUUAGGUCUGCAGCCUGAGGGAACUGAGAGAGGCAUCAGGGGGAGUCCCUGGUUCAAAUUUUGCCUUUCUCUUGCCUUUAGCUCCCACCUAUAACUUGGGGAAUAGUGCUGGACUUGCCUUACAGGGUUGUUUGUGAGGAUUACAGGUUUUAAUGUAUCUUGAGCAUUUUGAACACAGUUUUGCCCAGUGACAUAAAUCUUGCAUCUGCACAGGGAUUUUGAGGAGUUUAGGUGUAUAUCUUUAUUCAGUGCUCCUUUAGCCCCAACUGCCUGCAGGUGCCUGGAAGCAGUUUUGCAAGUUCCACCAGCCACUGAGUUGGGGACAUAAGUGAGUUUCGUUUUCCUGCUUUUCUAUUACUUAUGCAACUUGAAAAGGGAGGUUGCAAAUUCCUCUGUGCUUCUCGGAACAUACAAGCAGUCUUCAGACCUCACUGCAGAUAAUGACAAUAGAGGCCCAGCCCCCUCUGUGAAUUUGGGGUGGGUUCUCAUGCUUUUGACGUAGACCUACCAUGCCAGCCUGGGUGUCUGGGAGGUCCUUUUUUAAAAAAAUCCCUACAUGCAUCUCCAGAGAAAGUGGAAAUAAAUCAUUAAGUUAGCAACAUUAACAUAACUCUUCUGCUAGUAAACUGCAGUAGCAACAAAUUUCAUCCAGCAAAUUUCUUUUCACCAAUGGGUAAAUGUGCUGUGGUCAUGCUUGACAGCUGCAGCUCUGAAGUUGUGAGCGCAAAGAUUUCUCAAGGUCACUUCCCUUUCCAUAUACAAUUAUGGGAAACAAGUACCUCAAUGUCCCACCAAAGGGGACUGGACUUUUGCACUUAAUUAAAAAAAAAAAAUCUGGCCAAGUAACUCACAGUCUGCAACUGAUGGGAUGCAGAUUUGGAAGACUCUUGCAGACCAUACUAAAUCUGCCCACUUUUUGAAGGAGGCUAAUCUGCACAUUUUUGGGGGGGGGGGUACCUUCUUGUUGCUUGUGGUGUCUCUGUUCCCAGCAAAGGGGACCAGGGUAGGGGGAAAGCAAGUGGGAGAGCACCUGGUUUGUAUGCAGAAGGCCCCAAAUUCAGUCCUCAGGACCUCUAGCUAAAAGCAUCUUGAUUAGCCGAAGAUGGGGAAGUCCUUCCUCUGGCUGAGGCCCUGGAGAGCCAACACCAGCCAGAGCCAACAUUCCCAGGCUUCUGAUGUUCUCAUAGCAAAAGGCCAAGGACAAAGGUGUGCGGCAAAGUGAAUGAAGGCAUCCCACCUUCUGGUCAUGGUGAAGGGCCGUGGCAAGAGCGUCUGAGUGUGGAAGGUCUUGGGUCCAAUCCCUGGUCUCUCCAGGAAGAGAGAGCUCCUGCCAGUCAACAUCUAGCCCAGUCCCCCCACCCACAAAGCAGGACUGUUCAAACUUCCCAACCUAAAUAUCUGGCCCAUGGAGUUUCACAGAGAGCAGCUUUUUAAUACAUGCCAUUCCUAGCUGAUCAAGUGGCUGCAGGCAGCUCAAGUAAGCAAGUCAAGCUGCAGGCCUGAGUGGAAGGCAGUCUGGACACUAAGGCAGGCCAGAUCCGAGCAUCGAGCAUCACUAUGCCAAGCGCAGAAGACAAAAGAAUGUCCUUGGGUGUGUUUUGUCCAGAUUUCCUGCCAGUCCCCUUUAUCCCCAUUGCCUGACUUUUUGGAGACCAAAUCCAAAUUCUGCAGCCACUGUAGAGGCUGGAGGUUUUUUGUUAUUUCAUUAGAUGUUCAAAUGUGAAAAUAAUUUAUAGCUUAACGUAACUUAAUAACAAUAAAGCAAAAAAGAUUUAGCCAAAUAUUUUCCACAUUAGCUCCAUGUUUGUUUGUUUUUAAAAAAAAAUAAUUCCACACACCCUGCCAUGCAACUGAUAAUUCUUUGCUUUUCGGGGGCUGGGGUGGAAAUACUGGUUUGUUAUUGUUUUUGUCUGAUCCUUUGGAAAGUUUUGUUCCAGACCAUUUCCCCAAAAUAGGCUUGCCAAUUUUACAAUUGGCCCUGCAGCUGUGCCACCAGGAGAUGCAGGAGUCUGGAGGUGGGCAAGUUAAGCUUUUCAGGGCAUGGAGAUGAAGGUGAUUAUUUGCCUAUUGCCAGAGAUUAAGCGGUGGCAGUGGUGGCGCAGCUGAUUGAGGUGUUGUCAGCCUGGCACAUUAAACUGCAAAGUCCCAUUUCUUCAAGUCAGCCUUUGCCAGCCUGCCAAGGCUGAGCUUAAGGGCAUUGUGGUCCAACAUCUGGAUGGUGCCUGGUUAGCAAAGGCUGUGUUAAGUAGGUCUCAUGUAUUUCAGUGGUUCUGCCAUGCAAGAAAUUCCUAGUGGAUUUUGUCCAUUAAAGAACAGAGGCUUUCACAUUUUGUUCCAUUAAAUGUUUUGAUUUCUUUCUUCAUUAUUGGGGCUCCUGAACCUGUGAGGAAUAAUUUGAUACGAGCCAAACUGCGGAGGGUUGCAUAGCAACAUAGCACUCAAUUUGUGUUUUCACUCUGACUUGCAGACUCCUGUUAAUCCUUAUGUUUUUUUAAUGUGGAUUCCUGAGUUUAUGAUUUAAAAAGAGAAGAAACCCUACAGAUACGAUGAAAAGUGUUACUGCCCCCAUACUUAAAACUCAGCAAUUGGAUUGGGAGAGGGGAAGUUUCUUUGGAAACCAUGACAGGUCUACUAGUGACUUCCGUGUUUCCCUUUUAACUGAUACUGAUAUUAAUUUGAACGUAAGCUCAACCUUGCAACCUACUUUCAGUGUCCCAAUUUUAGCCUCGGAAAAUGUUAUAAUAGCAAUAAAAAAGUGCCCCAGAGCA